AUGUUUACAAGCUUGACUACGAAGUUGGCGAUGAAGAAGGUUGGGCUGUCGAGCGACGCUCUAGACUUCUCUUCGUCCAAAUCCAGCAAAUCCAACGACGGUUCCGUUCCAGGUCUCGAUGACUUGGAAGGGUCUAAUUCAGGCUGGCCGGCCUGGAUGAGUACAAAAAAACUUCCCCUUACUGCGCAAGCCUGGUUAUCGCCGGUUCCUCCGCCGGUUCCCGUCGCUGAGUGUCCUAAACCGGGUGACCUAGCUCCCAUUGACAGAGAUCGCCAACUUUCCUUCGGUGGCGGAAAGCCAGCCAUUGUUCUCUUUCUCCGCUGCGUAGGAUGUGCCUUUGCGCAAAAGUCCUUCUUAGCUCUCAGAGAGCUCGCCAUAAAAAACCAAGGCAGACUGAGAUGCAUAGCCGUGUCACAUUCUUCACGAGAUGCAACGCGCAAGUGGCUUGACAUACUGGGCGGCGCGUGGAACGUCGAAGUAGUCAUCGACGAAGACCGCGCCAUCUACGCCGCGUGGGGGUUAGGGCUGGGAAGUAUAUGGUACAUGUUCAACCCCACUACGCAAAUACAGGGCUGGAAGGAAAAGGGUUGGCUGGGCAUAAAGGUAGCCAAUUCUGUUCAGCGAACGAGCAGCUUCAAGCAAGGCGCUCCUAACACCGAGUCAGCCGAUGAAGGCGAGGGGCCGUCAACAGUCAUGGGGAAUAAAUGGCAGCAGUCUGGUUUGUUUGCUAUCGACGGGCACGGAGUGGUAAUAUGGGCUACGAAAGCACUCCGCGCGGACGAUAUGAUGGAUCUAAGUGCCGCAGCAACGGCGAUUGGGAUCCAACCGGCCGACUAG